AACGCAACGCGCAACAUGCCGCCUCGCAUAGCGCGCAGUUCCGUCCAAAGCGCCGCGGCGCCAAAGCAAAAAGGCCGCGCGCCCGGCGAGCGGAACAGCAAGAAAGCGUCCAAACGAGCGCUGAACGCUUUCGCGAUCGCCCAGUACGACAACCCCGAGAAAACCAAGAUCCGCAAAAACCGCCUCGGCGAGCUGGACCCGAGCUUCCACAAGAAACGCGCGCGCGACGACGACGGCGACUCGGACGAGGAAGACGAAGACGAAGAGGGCGCACAACGCAAAAAAGUGAAAAGGCGGGGCGGAGAUGACAGCUACGACGAGGGCAGCGACAGCGAGGGCAAUACGUGGACCAUGGGCCACGUCGACGAGGACGACGACGAGGACAUUGAUUCCGACGAGGCGUUUGGCGAGAGCGACGAGGAGCGGUUUGAGGGGUACAGUUUUCGCGGCAGCAGCAAGAAUGGGAAGAGCCUGAAGGUGAAGAGCAAGGGGAGGAUUGUCGACGAGGGAAGCGAUGUGGAUAUGGAUGAGAGUGAGGAGGAUGAUUUUGGGGACGAGGGGAUCGAUCUUGCGACGGCGCUGGACCAGUAUGAGGAGGACGAGAGGGAGGAGAAGAGGGAGAGGCAGAGGGAGAGGGAGAGGGAGAGGGAGAGGGAGAAGAAGAAGAAGAAGGAGGAGGAGGGGGAGGGGGGGCUUGGGAGUGAUAGUGAGGAGCCGAGUGAGGGCGAGGAUGUGGGCAGGGAUGGGGCGAGCGAUCUGUCGAGCGAUCUGUCGAGCGAUCAGUCGAGCGAUGAUGAAGAAGACGAGGAGGAUCGACAGGCGCAGCUGAAGGACCUGAUCUCGUCGCUCGCCACAGGAGACGAGAGCCACUCAAAGGGCAAGAGGGUUGAAGUGCAUGAGUCCGCAGCACCAGAUGAGUUCGGCGUGUCGAGAAAAGUGGAUCUGCUGAGCUUCAAGCCAAAGGCCGCAGACGAGGAGAAGAAGAGGGCACUCAAGUUGUUGCGGGACGACAAGAGCUCGAAGCGGAACGAUAUUGCGCGAAAGCUGGAUGCACCCUUGCCGAAGCGACAGCAGGACAAGCUCGACCGCGCUGCCGCCAACGCCAAAGCCAACGAGACCCUCGACCGCUGGACCGAUACCAUCAAGCAGAACCGCCGCGCUGAGCACCUCUCCUUCCCGCUGCAACACAAAGACGCCGGCAAGGCUAUGGGCGAGGACCGUCUCCUUCCCACCACAACCUCCGCACCCGCAAACGACCUCGAGACCACCAUCCAAUCCAUCCUCCAACAGAGCGGCCUUUCAAACGGCAACGACGACGAAGAGCAGAUCCAAAAGUGGGAGGUCCUGCAGACGAACAAGCUCCCCAUCGAAGAAGUCGAAAAGCGCCGAGCUCAACUACGCAUGGAGCGCGAACUCCUCUUCCGCGAAGAAGUGCGUGCCAAGCGCAUCAAGAAGAUCAAGAGCAAAGCGUACCGCCGCGUGCACCGCAAAGAGCGCGAGAGGCUGCUUGAGAAAGAGCGCGAACAGCUCAAGGCUGAUGGUGUCGAUCUCUCAGAAGAGGAACGCGAGCACAAUGACCGCCGUAGGGCAGAGGAGCGCAUGGGUGCGAAGCAUCGCGAGGGCAAGUGGGCCAAGGGCAUCAAGGCGACCGGUCGUGCGGCCUGGGACCAGGAUGCGCUGGCUGGUGUCACCGAGAUGGCGAAGCGCAACGAGGAACUGAGACGCCGUAUCGAGGGCAAGCAGGUCCACGACUCUGAUGACCAGGGCUCGGAUGUGCCUAGCGUUGGCAACGAGAGCGAGGACGAGUCAGGGUCUGAUGCUGAUGAUGAUGAGCUUCUGCAGCGCCAGCUUGGCCAGCUGGAGAACCCGUUCUCGGACAAGGGCUCGAAGCUGGGUCAGAUGGCGUUCAUGCAGAAGGCUGAGGUGGCGAAGCGCGCAGAAAACAACGCGGCGAUUGAGAGCAUGCGACGCGAAUUGGCGGGUGAGAACAGUGAAGAUGAGGUCGGGGAGAAUGCCACACGUGUUGGGCGCCGCAAGUAUGGGCCGGGCAAGGUUGUCACGACAGCUAUUCCAGUCAAGGGUAGCGAAUUUGAGGAGCAUGCUGGCUCUGAUGAGGAGGCAGAGGAAGCUGCUACGAAUGGACUGUCGAGUGGCACGCGUAAGGCCGAGAAGCCCCAGAACCCAUUCUCGACGGGUCUGUCGAACGGCACACGCAAGACACAAAAGAGUGAGCACGCAAAGGUCGACGCUGAGACCGAAACCGACGCACCGAACCCCUUCCUUGCCAAAGCCGCCAAGGCAAAGAAGAGCAAGAAAGACGCACCAGCCGAAGACGACCUCCUCCCCUUCACCGACUUUGCCUCCGAAGACGAGCAGCAACCCGCAGCCAAACCCUCUGCCAAACCCUCUGCCAAACCCUCAGCCAGACCCUCUGCACAAAAAGAGACAGUUGACGACUUCCUGCAACAGCGCAUCACUGCAGCUGAUGAUGAUGGCUGGGCCACCGUUCUCGGCGGUCAAGACGAUGAUGAAGACGAAGUCGACUCUGACGAAGGCGACGACCUCGACCUCACCGCCCUGAACCGCAACCACCUCCUCACCGCCAAAGGUUUCGCAGGCGACAACGUGGCCGCCGACUUCGCGCUCGAAAAAGCCGACACGACCAAAGACGAGGCCUCCAAAUCCACAACCGACUUCCUGCCCGGCUGGGGCUCCUGGGCCGGCGACGGCAUGACCAAAGCCGAGCGUCGGCGCAACCGGGGGUGGAAAUCCACCACCCUCACCCCCGGAAUCGACGCUACGAAGCGCAAAGAUCGCAACCUUGAGAGAGUGAUUAUUAAUGAGAAGACGGUCAAGCCGAAUAAGAAAUACUUAGCGGGCAGUCUGCCGUUUCCGUUCGAGAGUAAGGAGCAGUAUGAGAGGAGUCUUCGACAGCCGAAGGGCAGGGAGUGGACUACUAAGAAGAGUCAUCAGGAUGCGGUGCUACCGAGGGUGCUGGUUAAGGGGGGUGUUAUUGCGCCUAUGCGGAAGCCGUUGGUUUAGAUGACUGUUGUCAUUGUGUAUGGGUGUGGUGGAGUGGUCUGGGCAGAGAAUGCAUUGCACAGGCGUUUACAGGGAAAAGUUGAUAGAGUCAUGUUGCGACCCGCACAUAGCAGAGUGGGAC